UCUACACUGUAGUGAAGCUGAAAGUAACAGAAGAUCUGUCCUGUGAGAAGUCCAUCAGUAAGACUGUCCAUGUAGGAGGAGAUUUGAAUAUCAGCUGUAAAUAUUCAGAAUCCCUCAGGAGUGACUCCAAGUUUCUCUGCAAGACGAGGCUGCAAUAUUCUGCUUGUUUUUAUAAAGAAUCUGUUAAAGAAAGUAGAAAAUAUGUAAAUAUGGGGAAAUUCUCCUUGUAUGAUGACAGAGAAACACAAAUGUUGACUGUGAGUAUUAGAAAUGUAACUGAGCAGGACUCUGGUGAAUACUGGUGUGGAGCUGAAGCAGACUGGAAAUCUGAUCAUGGAUACAAGGUUUAUUUCACACAGAUCGACCUGACAGUUGCUGGGGGCUCGGUCUCUAGAGAAGUGAGUGCAUAUGCAGGGGGAGGAAUCAACAUCAAGUGCAGAUAUGAGGAUGAAUAUAAAGACAAACCCAAAUCUUUCUGUAAGAUGGGAACACAUCAGUGGUGUUUUAAUCCAAUAACAACAAAACUACACAGUGAAUUGUCACAUGAUGGCAGAUUCUCAAUUCAGGACAGCAGAAGUGCAGGAUUCUUCAGUGUGUUUAUCAGAGAGCUGAUUACGGAGGACACUGGAACAUACGCGUGUGCUGUUGUUGUGUCUGAUGAAAUACAGAUCUACACUGUAGUGAAGCUGAAAGUAACAGAAGGUGAGGAGAUUUAAUGAUGUGUUUUAUCAGAAGAAACAUCAGAUUUAUAUGUAAAUUUACUGUAUAACUGUCUAAGUGUUGUUAAUCAGAGCUAGGACACAUAUACACAUAUAAACUGAUCUGAUUGGUUGUGAUUUGCAGAUCUGUCCUAUGAGAAGUCCAUCAGUAAGACUGUCCAUGUAGGAGGAGAUUUGAUUGUCAGCUGUAAAUACCCAGAAUCCCUCAGGAGUGACUCCAAGUUUCUCUGCAAGACGAGGCUGCAACGUGCUGCUUGUUCUUAUAAAGCAUCUGUUAAUGAAAGUAGAAAAUAUGUAAAUGAGGGAAAAUUCUCCCUGUAUGAUGACGGAGAAACACAAAUGUUGACUGUGAGUAUUAGAAGUGUAACUGAGCAGGACUCUGGUGAAUACUGGUGUGGAGCUGAAGCAGCCUGGACAUCUGAUCAUGGAUACAAGGUUUAUUUCACACAGAUCGACCUGACAGUUACUGAUCCACGUGUCCCUGUUUCAGCAUCAGUGCCAACAAUAUAUUCAUCAUCUUUACCAACAUCAUCAUCUUCAUCAUCAUCAUCAUCAAUGUCUAUGCCAACUUCUCUUGAAAGAGGAUUUCCAGCUUUCACUGUGAUCACUGUGUCUGUAAUUCUGCUGCUGCUUCUGACUGGAGUCAUAUUCCUCAUUGUGAUUGUACAUAGGAGACGCAGGACGCAAAGCCCAGAAACAAUGACACUCACUUACAGAGAGACAAAUGAAGAUUAUGAAAAUGACCCAAAUGUGCUUCAUUUGCAGUCAAGACAAAUGACCAACCAAUCAGAUUCGGUCUAUAAAAGUCUGAACCCCAACACCUACCAAUCAGAUUCAGUCUAUCAAAAUCUGAACCCCAACACCAACCAAUCAGAUACAGUCUACGAAAGUCUGAACCCCAACACCAACCAAUCAGAUUCAGUCUACCAAAGUCUGAACCCCAACACCAGCCAAUCAGAUUCAGUCUAUCAAAGUCUGAACCCCAACACCAACCAAUCAGAUUCAGUCUACCAAAGUCUGAACCCCAACACCAGCCAAUCAGAUUCAGUCUAUCAAAGUCUGAACCCCAACAGCAACCAAUCAGAUUCAGUCUACCAAAGUCUGAACCCCAACACCAACCAAUCAGAUUCGGUCUACCAAAGUCUGAACCCCAACACCAACCAAUCAGAUUCAGUCUAUCAAAGUCUGAACCCCAACACCAACCAAUCAGAUUCGGUCUACCACAGUCUGAACCCCAACACCAACCAAUCAGAUUCGGUCUACCAAAGUCUGAACCCCAACACCAACCAAUCAGAUUCAGUCUACCAAAGUCUGAACCCCAACACCAACCAAUCAGAUUCAGUCUACCAAAGUCUGAACCCCAACACCAACCAAUCAGAUUCGGUCUACCACAGUCUGAACCCCAACACCAACCAAUCAGAUUCAGUCUACCAAAGUCUGAACCCCAACACCAACCAAUCAGAUUCAGUCUAUCAAAGUCUGAAUCCCAACACCAACCAAUCAGAUUCAGUCUACCAAAGUCUCAAGUGUUAAACCGACCAGUUGGACACAGUUGGAGUCAGAAAUUGCCCUUUAACCAAUGAGAUUGUUGCUGCCAGAUUCUCUAUUAAACUGGACUGGCCUCUUACUUGAAAAUUAUUCUAGUUUCAAACUAAAUUGUGGAAUAACCUGUCAAGAUCAGAUAAUGUAAAUGAAUAGUUUUUCAAAAAGCCAGUUUAUCGCUGUUCAGAAGUUUGCUAUAUGCUUGGAAACCAGCACAUGGAAGUGCUGAGAGCCUUCAUCCUCAUCCUGAAAUGUGGUCAAAUAAAGUGUAUAAAAGAUGCCAUUUCAUAUGUUAGACAUCAUGUGUUCUGUGAUUACCUGAUGCUGAAAGUUUGUGGUUGUGAGUUUGUUUUGAGAGUCAGGAUUUGAGUUGUUCACAAAAUUACACACACCUCCUUCAAGUUACAUUUCUGAUGUGUAAUGAUUUUCAUAACCUCCAUGACACAGGGUUAGAGGUUAGUUAGAAGUUUCAGCUCAAUAGCCACGCUCAACAAUCAACAGUGAACAUUUAUUAUUAUUUAUUGUUAUUUUUAUCAUGAAUCAUCAUUUAUCAUUCCCGACUUUAAUCACUUUUAAUCAUUUUAUAUAAUCAUUUUCCAUAUUAAUGCUGUAAUGAUGCAUUUGCCUCCUAAUGUUUUUGGAACUUUGGGAUGAGUAAGCUUAGCCACACACUGAUUUUUACUGAUUUACUUAUUUACUUAUAAUAACUGUGGUUGUUAUGUGUUGCUCAGCAGAUUAUCAUUUCUAGACAUGGGUGUGUUUGAGUUCCCAGGCACAGAGAGUUUGUAAGUGCUAGUGGAUGCUGCUGAUUUGGAUGAUGAGACCAUGAAAGGGUCAUGUCUUUGUAUUUGGAACUUCAAUUAAAUCCAUCUCCAACUCUAGGUUUUAUGUCUUCAGACUAAAAAGGCGGAGAUCAUCCAAUUCCUUAACUUUCCACUCACAAAAAUAUAUUUUGAUAUUUAAAAUUGUAAUUAAAUUCAAGUUGGCACUAUAUACACUUUAUAUGUCGACUUGUUUUUGAGUUAUUAUUAGUUAUUUUAAUUAAACACAUUAAAUUCAUGUGACCAGUCAAACAGGUUAAUAACUAUAAGAAAAUCAAUAAUACAUACAAACUUAUGUAAUGGUGAUAACUUAGAUAAUGCUGGCUUCUUGAUUGUGUUAUUCACUAAUGUGACUAAAAUUACUUCUAAUAUCUGUUGUGAGUUGUAAACAUGUCUAUAUGUAUUUACUUUUGUAUAUGCUCAAUAAAAAAAAAGGA